UCUCUUCUUCCUUUUGACUCCAUAAAACUAUAACCCAAAUAAAACCAAUCUCUCUCUCUCACACACUCAUUUCCUUUUUAUAUACCUUCUCAUAUUCUCUUAUUCAUUCACUAUUUUUGUACCAUUUUUAUAUAUAUACAUCCCAACUCCCCCAACCCCUUGCUUCCUCCUACACCCCCACCUAUCUUCUCUUCCCCUCUUCUCUCUCACACACAUAUUUCAGGUGGUGUAGGAACAAUGGAAGCUCAAGAGGAUAUCACCAACAAUAACAUCGUUAGGGGAAAGCGAACCAAACGACAAAGGGUUCAGUCGCCAAUCCCUUUUGCUAGUCUGACUAAUAAUUCUUCGACCGGAGAUGGAGAUGGAGACGGAGAUGGAGAUGGAGAUGGAGAUGUUUGUACUAAUGGGAAGAUAUUUACGAAUAUGUCACCAAUCUCUUCUCAAGAAUUCCAUGGUAGCACCCAAGAAGAAGAAGAUAUGGCUAAUUGCCUUAUUCUACUUGCUCAAGGCCAAAUUAGUAAUAAUUUCAAACACUCAUCAACAAAGCAAGGUGAUAUUGAUGUUGCCGGAGUCCCCACUGUUGCUGCUGUCAUCACCACCACUGCCACCAACAACAAAUUUAAUAGUAGAAAGUUCUUGGAAACCGGGUCUCCGGGUUCUGGCAAGGCUGGAUACUAUGUUUAUGAGUGCAAGACUUGUAACCGGACGUUCCCAUCUUUUCAAGCAUUGGGAGGACAUAGGGCUAGUCACAAAAAGCCUAGGAAUGAUGAGAAGAAGCAGUUUGGAAUAUCAUCUGAUGAAGAAGAUGGACACUUGAGAGAUAUAAUUUCUCCUCUUUCUCUUCAAUUGAUUAAUAAUAAUAACAAAAACAAUAGAUUUAUUCACAGCAGUGGCGGUCAAACCAAGGCCAAGAUUCAUGAGUGUUCCAUUUGUGGUGCGGAGUUCAACUCCGGCCAAGCUUUAGGCGGCCAUAUGCGGCGGCACAGGGCACCUAUAGGGGCAAAUAAUAGCACAACCUUGGCAUUAACACCACUGGCCGUAGAAUCUGAGGAACCCAAGAAAGCAAGAAACCUACUUUCUUUGGACUUGGAUCUUAAUCUUCCUGCACCAGAAGAUGACAUACUCUCCUUUGCUUCCAAGAAACAAAAGCAGCAGCAGCAGCAACAACAUCAACAAGAACAGCAACAGAAAUCUUCUCUUGUCUUCUCAGGCCCAGCUUUGGUGGAUUGUCAUUACUAGAAAAAGGUUUACUUUUUGUUUUCUUUUUCUUUUUUUUUUUUAUGUUUAUAUAAUUUCUUCCAAAUUCUUUACUGGAGC